CACAUCGCUGUCUCUCUCUUUGCGCUUCACACCUCAACAACUACAGUGGUUGUCGUUUUCGGUACAAUGGCCGAGCUGUCAAGGCCGGGCAGCAAACCGCGCAUCACUAUCGACCACCGCUCCUACCCGCACCUCUUCGACACCAUCUUCUCCUUCGCCUCCAUCCCGUCCCUCGUCUCCCUCCGCGCGACAUGCCGCUCUAUCCAGAAACCCGUCGACGCCAUUCUCUUCGCCCAUGUCCAGCUGUGGCCGUCUACGAUGAGCGCCAAUGGCCUCGUCCUCGUCCAGCCGGUCGGGAACCGCCUUGGGACGAAGAUCACGCGCCUCCCGUGGGCCCCUCGCGCGGUCAAGAUUCUCGACAUUGUGCCGUUCAAAAUCAUCAACUCCACCCCGAUCCCCACCGUCUCAGAGGAUAUGGCGGCGGAGUUCACCUCCGUGCACACCCUGCACCGCGUCCACCUCGCCAACUUGCAACACCCACCGCAAGAGUCAACGAUCCCGGCCCAGACCUAUGUGCUCUACCUCUCCCUCCCGGCUGACCACGAGAUCCAGGCACCCCUCCCACCAGGCCUCCAGCGGCUGGUGGUACAUGUCCAGUGCGAUUUCAAUUGGGUCAGCGACGACCCGUACCACGUCAUCAACUUCGGCGCCAACCCCGUCCCUCUGCGCGAGCUCGUGUUUGUCUUCCACCGGUGCGAGACGCCCGACUUUAGAUGGCAGGGCGGGCUCAUGCUCGCCGCCUUGUCUCGUGUCCAGGCAGCGCACACAGACUACACCGUCACCAUCGUGGACUUGGCUCGCUUUCAUCCGCACCGAACAGUGAGCGACAUCGAGAACGCCCGGAUGGCUUGUGUGGUGAGGAUGGCGCUGCGCCAAGUCGCGUACAACGUCAACAAUCACAGUGAUGACCUGGGGGAGAGGCUGCGGGCCGUAUCUUAUGCCGAGUGGCUGACCGAACUCGGCGACGGCAAGGCCGCGCUCGAGGGUGACUGGCCAAGCGGCUUGGGAGCCGUGUCGGGUCAACGUCCCUGCCCGUCGACGUCAUCGGUGGGGCCCCUCGUUGGACUCCCACAAUGUGGACUCCCCUUGGCACCUCGCUUCGCCUCUUCUUGACUCCACAUCUGCUCCGACUCUCUCAACAUCCCUCACACGACGUACACAGAGUCUUUUGACUCAAUACGAUCUCGCACCCAACGGCACCAUGUCGCUAGACCACACGGCGUACCCCGCCCUCAUCGACACGAUCAUCUCGCACGCCGGCGUCCCGGCUCUCGCGGCACUGCGCGCGACAUCCAAGGCCUUCAAGUCGCGCAUUGACGCGUAUCUCCUCGCUCACGCAGAGCUGUACUACUUCCCCGUGACGCGCACCGCUCCCGAGCUGCGGCAUGCUGUCCCGGGCCUAACGCUACCUCUCAACACCCCGAUCCCCGUGUUGUCGGAGCUCCCGCGGCUUCCGUUCGCACCGGAGGCAGUCACGACGCUUGACGUUGUGCUCCCCCUAAGCGUACGGAGGGCUAUAGCUACGGCAUACUCGUCACUUCAUACACUCCGCAGACUGCAAUGUCCCCUCCAAGAAGACGAGGACGACGGUUUCCGCCCGUCCCAUACCCUGGUCGACUUCGUCACCCUCCCCGUUGGGCACUUGGCAUGGUGCCAGCUCCCGCCUGGCGUGAAACGGUACAUCGCGCACCUCAAGUACGACGAGUAUCAGGGACACGGGGACUACGGUACCGAGAUCAGCGAGCAGGUAGUGUCUGUCCGCGAGGUCGUCUUCGUGCUCUGCCCCACACGGAAGGUCGACGAGCCGCCCGGCCCAAUGGAGUGGCUGUUCCAGGUCCUGCAGAACACGGUGCUCGACUGCGAUAUGGACGCGGAGGUGUUCAGUGUCACGCUCGUCGGGGCGGAGCGCGCGUUCGAGCCGCCUGAGGGCGAGGAUGCGAGCACAGCGGCUCACUUCGACGCGAUAAAGGACUUGCUGCGGGAGUACAUCACGCGGUCACUGGAAGCGGACGGCCCGACAUCGGUUGAAGAGUUCGCCGACGACGUGCUGCGCGCCCUGCGGCUUGUCACCCUCGACGACUGGUGGGCCGAGCUUGGGAAUCGGCAAGAGAUUGAGGGCGUGUGGAUGGACCUUAGGGGACAUGACGAGACUAGCACCAAUCUGCGCGUGCAACCCGCUGCGACCGACGAGCCUGGAGAGUGAUAUGCUCGUGAUAUGCAUGCAGCCAUGUCCUCCGGCGGAUUGCGAAGGUCGAACGGUAGGCUACCAAUGUCAGCAACGUCGCCACAAUCCACAACUGGCCGCCCUCAAGACUAGCGUCCACCCAGACGGGCCAUAGACGUGGCCUGUCGGUUCAUCCAGAUUCUGGUUGCCUCUUUCGAUAUCUGCUGCCACAGCUUCGACAGACUGGUAUGCAAUGCGUGCCGCAUCCUGGAGUUCAGUUUCGCGCCGGUUCGUGAACUCACCAAAGGCCCCUGCCUGGGGGUCAACACGGA